CUCUUUGGCGAGCUGGCAGUGGGUGCCGUCGCAGCGAUCAAUUCGCUGAGUGCUGCUGCGGGCCUGUGAUUCGUUCAUUCGUUUGAUUGUUUAGUAACUCGCUAGCUGUUGGCUCGAUCGCUUAGCUCAAGCCGAGCAACCAGUCGACGACGGACGAAGCACGCGGCUGGCGGCGGUGGCGGCAAGCUGAGUCUCGUUUAGCAGCUACUGCUGCGCUGGUGUUGAUUGUUGUGCUGCUGCUGCUGCUGCUGCGGGCCGGUAGCAGUAGUGCGACUACGGCUACUGGUGGUGCCAUUGCUGUAGUAUAGCAGCAAGCGAGCAAUGGCGUCGCUAUGGUGGUGGGAUGUUGUUUUGGUGUGUGCUGUUGAGAGCCAGCGAGCUGCUGCUGCUGUGUGAGGGGAGAGUAAUGGACGGACAACCGGCCGAAGCUGUGGCAGCAUCGGCGAAAGCACAGCCAACAGCGACUGCUAACAGCGGUCCGAGUCGGGCUAGCAGCGCACUCGCUGCCGUGAACGGGCGAAACGACUCGCCAAUGAACAACGACCAGGCCACGGCAGCACGACAGCAGAUCCAGGCACAUCGAAGGUGCUACCUAUAAAGUUAACACAUAGAUGUGGCUGGCAGUCGGAGGACCCACAACGGCGGCGGCAGCGACGACGAUCUAAUUAACUGCUGCCAGGAUCAGCAAUCUACUACAGUGUUUAAGUUCGUCCUGUGCUCGGUGUACAGCUGCCCUAUAACUGUCGUACGGGAAUGCCUCGCCGGGCUAGACAGCCGCCCAAAGAGCAACUCUAGCGCCCUAACAGAGGUACGCGAACGUAUUUCUACUGCUGCGAAAGUCGCUCAACCAGCGGCAAGCAAGGAAAAACGAACCAAUACAUGUGCACGAUUCCUUAUUUGCAAUCUCAGUUCGUGUGAGUGUGCGUUGUAUGAUCAAGGAUGCAUCAGGGCAACAUUCUCUCCCUGUUUCUAUCUCCCUCUGAGGAUAAUUAUUCUGUGUGCGUGCGUGUGCAUGUGUGGGUCUGCGACUGUGUAUAUGUGAACCCUGGUCAAUCGUAUGUGUAUCUUCUAUGCGUAUCUUGUAUCUGUGUAAAAUCUUGGCGACGCUGUCAAUAGGUCGAUAGAAUACGUAUCAAAUCUAUGUAGCGAUUGUGGUCAAAAAGAAAAGAGACUUCAGACGCCGAUACGUCGGGUAGUAGCACUGUAUUGCUCUGUCGCUUGCGCCAAUAAAUCAGUAAACUACCGAACGAAUAGUAACAAGAGAUGGUAGCAUCUCAUCAUCAACAGCAACACUAACAAGGCAAGGCCUUCACAAAUAGAGAGACAUACUAGUUACUAUGGGGGCAGUUGCAACAGCGACUAGAAUCAUUCGUGUGCCCAUGGUUCCACAGUGGAUAAAUCGAAGUAUCGAAUGGACCUAAGAUUCUUAAUUCUUCUGCUGUAUGUUAAUUCUACCUUCCUAUAUCAGAUACUUAAGUGCGUGAAUUCAAGAUUAGUUAGUGUCUUUUGUGGUCUGUGGUGUCUGUCCGGCCUGUCUGCUGUGUGCUAAUAGCUGGAUAUGUGCCCAACGUAAAUACGUAUCACUAGUAUUAACACUACUACCAUAAGCCUCCUCGUUAAAGCGGAAUGUUCCACUGAUACGGUACCCACAGCUUUCAGGAUGCCUACAGGAUGCCCCUGAUCUACCCUUCUCGGGGUGGGCGAGGGGGGCCCUCUAACGCGGGAGGUGAACAUCAUCCUCCUAGUCAUAAGUUACAUCAUCCUCAUUUACAUCCACAACAAAAUCAACAUCAUCCGUUUCAUCAUCCACACCCCCUUGUGGCACAUGGAGCACCUCCACAGUGUCAGCCCCAUACGAACCUCUGGUCGACGCCAACGAAUGCAACAACAACGUUAUCAACAGCAUCUACAACAUCAGCUGCAACAACCGGAACAACGGGAGCGCCUAGUAGCCGAAGCCCCGGUCAGGGGCAGACAGUUGCAGGGGCACCGUCAGCAGUGAUAGCUAAUGAUACAGCUACGGCGAACUUGUUACAUCAACAGAACGCGCUAGACACCACGACAUUACUGGGACGCCAGCCCGCUUCGGCGAUGGGAUAUAAUCACCAGCAUGUGCCGUUGCUUGGAGCUACGAUUGCAGGCGUCUCACCAAUGCCACAAGGCGGCGAUGCGCAAGCGAUUGCAGGAAACGUCCCGCGAGGGACGCUUCCUGUCCCUCUGUCACCGCCAACACUCGGGGCGGGCCUGCAUCUUCUAUCUCCCUCGUCCCUGGCCGCGUCUUCGGUGCCCGACUAUGAUCAUGACUAUCCGGUUAUGGCUCGGGUUCCCCCAGAGGAGACGUUCGAACGGCACGCCCCACGACUAUUGAAUUUUCUUCACUCGUACGCUGCUAAUCCGGGUGAUGCGCGAAGAAAGCUAAAGGAAGAAGCAGUAAAACUGAGAUGGCUUGACGCGGGCAUUUAUCAAAGCCCUGAUGGAAACUUGUACAAGCAAUUACUCGAAGAGCCAUCAUCAACUGACUCCGAUUAUGAGCCGACAGAAACCGACCUCAAACAAUGGCUGAAAUUGCAUAAGAAGCGGAAACGAAUAUGUGAACAGCUACAGAAACGGUCGCAGGAUCAAGAGGGGGCCCUGAGGAACAGUAAAUACAAGUACAAAUCAUGGGGUGUUCUCACUCGGAACGAGCCUAUCAGCCUUGAGGCGGACUUCGAUGACAAAGAGGAGCUGCGGUUAAACUUCCGACCCGAGGAGGUCGAGGCGAUGAUCGCCGCCGAAAAGGCUCGUUUGCUAAAGAAGCGCUUCGCUGGAGCCCACGUUAGUCGCGGUCGGGGGAACUCGGCGCAUCAGUGGGGCCUGCAGAGCAGCAGCAGUAGUAGUGACGACUCUUCCAGCGGUGAGGACAACAGCGACAACUCGGACUCGGAAAGCGAUCAACAACCGCCACCACCGAUAACAGAACAGCAGACUCCUCCUGUCGAAGUCGUCAAAAGAGGGCGCAAGAAAAAGGAAAAGACGCCUGCGCAGUUGGCUGCCGAAGCUGCGGCAAAACGUAGAAAACUUUGGUCGGACUUGAGCAAAAAGGACGCGCACCGGGCUUUCAAGCACAACCAGGCAUCACGAAAGGAAAGUCUACAUUUGGCUAAAAAGCUCGCUGUCGGAUGCAUGCGCGAAGUACGGAAACGGGCCCUCGCAUCGCAGAAGAUCGCCAGGGAAAAUGCGUCUCGGUCGAAAAGAUUGUGUAGAGAAAUGCAAGCAUUGUGGAAACGCUAUGAUCGCGCUGAGAAAGACCAAAGGAAAAGGGCAGAAAAAGAAGCAUUAGAGCAAUUAAAAGUCGACGCAGAGUUGCGAGAAGCCAAACGGCAGCAGCGUAAACUUAAUUUCCUUAUUACGCAGACCGAGCUAUACGCACACUUUAUGAGUCGAAAGCGGACUGGGGAUGAACAAGACGCGUCCACACAAGAUAUACUGGGCAAGCUUGACCAUGUGCGGGAUCCCAACGAUGUUGAUUUCGACGAGGACAGAUUGAAAAGCGAGGCUCUCCACAAUGCGCGGAACGCGUUCUUGGCACAUAGACAGGAGACCGAGAACUUCGACGCCGAAUUUGGCGUACGGGCACCAAAGGAGGAGAAUACACAUAAUGAUAUUGAAAAGGGAGGGGACGAACAGAUGGAACUUCCGCAGCCGUCAAUGUUCCAAGGGACAUUAAAGGGAUACCAAAUAAAGGGCAUGAGUUGGUUAUAUGGGCUUUAUGACAGAGGUAUCAAUGGUAUCUUGGCGGACGAGAUGGGCUUGGGUAAAACGGUCCAAACAAUCGCGUUUCUUUGCGCGCUUGUGGAGCGCCAAGCCAUUUGGGGGCCGUUCCUAGUGAUCGCACCAGCUUCGACAUUACACAAUUGGCAACAGGAACUCAGCAAGUUUGUGCCGCGCCUAAAAGUUGUCCCAUACUGGGGCAAUACAGCAGACAGAAAAGUGCUUCGAAAAUUCUGGUCAGCUCGAAAUCAGGAUCUCCACACAGAGCAAAGCCAGUUUCACGUUGUGGUCACAAGCUAUCAGCUCGUCAUUCAGGACGUGAAAUUCUUUCAGAGAAUACACUGGCAAUACAUGGUGCUUGACGAAGCUCAGGCAAUCAAAAGUACAGCAAGUCAGCGCUGGAAAGUCUUGCUGAGCUUCUCAUGUCGCAAUCGAUUACUGCUGACAGGAACACCAAUACAGAAUGCUAUGCAGGAACUGUGGGGUCUGCUCCACUUUAUUAUGCCUUCGCUUUUUGAUUCGCACCAGGAAUUCAACGAGUGGUUCUCAAAGGAUAUCGAGAGCCAUGCAGAGAACAAGACCGCAAUCGACGAGAAACAUCUGUCGCGCCUUCACAUGAUUCUCAAGCCAUUCAUGUUGAGAAGAAUAAAAAAAGACGUAGAAAAUGAGCUUUCGGAUAAAAUAGAGAUUCGCAUCGACUGCCCGUUGAGCCAACGCCAGAAGGAUAUGUGUGCAGCCUUGAAAAAGAAGAUCCGUAUUGAAGACCUGAUGCAGAGUUCGGGUCUAGGCGUGGGUAUGGCUGGAUCAGCGCAAGCCGUAAGUUCAGCGACCAGUUGUCUAAUGAAUAUCGUGAUGCAGUUCCGAAAGGUGUGCAAUCACCCCGACCUAUUCGAGCGUGAAGAUGUGCGCAGCCCCUUUUUCAUGCAGCUAAAUCCGGUCUCUCUGCCAAAGAGCUACUUCGAUGAAGAACUGUUCCUAAAGCCAAUUGUCAGUCGCCGUUUUGUAAAUAUUUGGAUACCUGCUAAGAUAUAUGAACGCAGCCAACCCGUGAGCUAUGUCGAAAAUAUCUCGCCUGUUAACUUCAAUACGUUUAACAACUCGUUUGAGUAUCUGUCUUUAACUGGACUGGGGGCCACGGAAGUAACGCAAUGUUCUUUGGGGAGUGUGCUAGAUCGCUUGUUGAUCGCAAAGAUGGAAAACGUUCGUCGAGAACGACGGUACCAUCAAGCCGUAAUGGAGGAACCCAUCGAGUGGUUCGCCCUGCCAGUUAUUCUUCCACCCCGACCGGCGGUUAAAUAUAGCGCUCUACGUAACCUACUGUUUUCAGUUGAGGAUGAGAGCAACUGUUUCGAGUCGAUCAUCACUAUAACUCCGAUGGCAGAAUCGCCUGCUCACUAUGAACACCGAGUGAGAAAACUUAACGAACAUCUUGACGAUGACGGCGAUGGAGUCAAGAUUAAAGUCGAACAUAUAGUUCACAAAAAAAGGCCUGCUCAGCAGACAGAAACGAUCAUACCACCUCCAGAUUUUACGAUUGGCUGUUUAAUGUCACCGUGCGUAGCUGCCCCUCCCGAAGUGAUCACUAGUAGUCCCAAAGGUUUUCGAUGGCUGCAGCGUGCUGCCGUCUGUGGCAGCCGUGAAGCAUUCAACUGGUGGCAUCACGGAAAAACGGCAGUGGGCCCGGAACUUGGUAGUUCAUCGUCAUUUAUGACAGCCGCCGAAGACCGGACUCAAUUCGGUGUCCGGGGCCUAAGACCGGCCCAGGGCUGGUCGCAGAUCUUAAUUCCAAACAAGGAGCGACUGGUAACGCAGAGCGGUAAACUUCACGCUCUUGACGGCUUGCUUCGACAACUAAAGGAGGGUGGGCAUCGUGUGCUCAUCUAUUCACAGAUGACCCGUAUGAUCGAUCUGCUUGAGGAGCUCAUGCUGCAUAGGCGUUACAUCUAUAUCCGCCUUGAUGGUAGCUCUCGUAUCUCUGAUCGCCGUGACAUGGUUGCGGACUUCCAGGAAAGAGCCGAUAUUUUUGUGUUCCUUCUAUCGACUCGAGCAGGCGGUCUCGGCAUCAAUCUGACAGCCGCCGAUACUGUGAUAUUCUACGAUUCGGAUUGGAACCCUACAGUGGACCAACAAGCUAUGGACCGGGCCCAUCGGCUUGGCCAAACCAAGCAGGUGAUGGUAUAUCGCCUCAUCUGUCAGGGCUCUAUAGAGGAGCGUAUUCUAGAGCGGGCGCGUGAAAAGAGUGAGAUCCAAAGAAUGGUAAUGAGCGGCACACACAUGCGGCCUCACGACGCACUAAAGCCGAAGGAAGUUGUAUCGUUGUUGCUCGACGACGAUGAGCUAGAGAGAAAAUUCCGCCAGAAACAAGAAGAGCGAAGACUGCUGGCGCAACAGGCACAGAUAGCACAACAACAGGCCCAGCAACAGGCGGCAGCAGCGGCCCAAACCGUUCUAGCGGAAACCUCGACGCCCCAGAAUAACGCUCAAAGUAGUGACGGUGGUGCUAACGCAGCGGAAGCCUUGAUGGGCUUUUUGCCGAAGCGAAAACGCAGCAACCGUUCGACAGGACGUCCGGUGGGACGGCCCAAGAAGAUUAAACCGAUGAUACCCGAGGACUCAGUCGGCGACUCGGUACCGGCUUCACCGGCCAGCGAACUCAGUCUGUGCUCGACUAGUAUGGUGGCAAUACCUGAUGACGAACGAGACGAAGCAGAUGACGUUGAGGGCGUGCUCGUUGUCGACGAAGAAUUGCAACGUGUGCCGCCAGGUGGAGUUGGUGCAGGUGGUGACGGUGGUGGGGAAUCUCUUGGUGGCCUAGUUACUGCAAGUCAUUCGUCUUCUACUAAAAAGCCGCCGAGCAGUCGGCAGCCGUUGAAGCCGAAGAGAAAGCGCGACCGAGAACGGGAGGAGAAACGCAAAGCUCGGGAAGCGGCUAAAGCUACUGCGGCAGCUGCAGCGGUAGUGGCUACCGCAGUAUCACCGCCCCUACCUAGACAGGCACCGCUUCCACCUCUGCCCCCGAAAGUUCAGAGGCCAUCGUCGGUCCUCGGGGUAGGGCCAGCUGUUGUUAAUACUGUUGGCGGGAGUGGAGGUGGUAAUAGUGGUGCAAUGAAUAUAGGAAGUGGUCCUGCAGCUGGUGGGGGAGUCGUGCUUGACGUCGGGAUGGGUGGCAUUGCGAUGGCUGACACCGCCUUCGCCUGGAACGACCUAAAUCUGGAUAACCUCGAAGAGAUUGACGUUAAUGAUAUUGAUCUUUCGUCGCUUGAUAAUGUUAAAGUUUAGCAACGACAACAAUACCGCCACCGCAAUUGACCGAUGAAAAAAAUUAAAUGGCAUAGCCCUCUUGGUAUCUUCUUGUGCUGCCCCCUACCGUAAUGCAUCUAUUAUCAGUGUACUAAACCAACGUGGCCAUGUUUAAUGGAGACUUUCCAAGAGCAUUCAGUACACGGUAGCAUGUGUUUAACAGCGUCGUUAAAGCUGUCGCCAUUAAUGUUGUAGGAAAUUCGAAAGAAGCCUAGUUCCAAAUAGUUAAUAGCCCUGGUCAGUUGUGAAAUAUGAAUUAAAUUAAUAAUAAGAUUAAAAAUAAUGUUAAAGAUACGUCCAGAUGAUAACGGUCCAUCGAAUCUGGUGACCUUGUAAUGUUCGAAGUCUCUCUACCUUUGAAAUAAUAGGAGAAACGCGCGCGAGUUCAGCAUAGGCUGGUAACUCCAGUCUUGAGGAUUAUCUCUACGAUGCGCGGGGGUGACCCCACCUAUUGACUGAAUAUUAAAGAGAAUUACGUAAAUAUAUACAAUAAAAAUAAUUCAAACACUUUUCGGAAACACACCGACAACUACAUACACAUAAGAAAUACACAGAAACCGUAUAUAUAAAUAAUCAUACGUGAAUAGUACAUAGUAAAAUAAACACAAGUAGUGCGCGACAAAUAUAUAAGUAAAUAAGCAAGCAAAUGGAGUUGAUAUGUAAAGCUAAAGAGGUAAAAUAACAAAAGGAAACAACCCAGUAUCACCAAAAGAAGUUAACAACACAGAAAAAGAGUAAAAUUGUGGAACUUGUAAUGUAUUUUUUUUGUUCUUUCAUUAUCAGUGUCGUGUAAAUAGUUGCUGUACACAGUCGGCUGAAAAAAGUGGAGCAAGAUGUACAUAUGUAACCGUUUUACUGUAAAACGAGUCAAAUAAGAAAGAAUGAGCUAAAAGAAGCACUUAUGUGGAGUAACUUAUAAGAAAGUGAGGAAGAAAAUAAAUUGAAGAAGAAUGUACUUGGUAAACUUCGUGUUAUUGCUAGCCAUUGUUGUUCUAGUGCUCAUCGCCCGAAAAGGCGCACAUAGAAACACAUUUGUUACUAUAAUAUCAAGGAAUAUGUCGAAAUGACCACUAGCAUUGCUUAUGUUUGCAUGAUCC